AUGGCAAGAAAUGUCGAGGUGUGGUGGAGAUUCCCGUCUGUCGUGGAUACUGCAAGACGUCUGAGAGGGCCUAUAGUUUCUUCAUCGGUGUCUAGACCGUUCGCCUGUGCUUUGAUUGUCACCGGUAUCGAGGUAGUUCCGCUGACGGACUGCGACGAAGGCGCAGACGAUUCGAUCAAAUCCGUCUCGAUCCCUACAGGCAAUAAAUGUGGCUGCAAGAAGUUUCCUUUCAACUGA